CCAUCUCUUCUCUGGCCCAGACACCACCUCGUGAGCCAGGCCAAGUGCUGGAGCCCCAGCGCAGGAUGUUCGUGCUGGUGGAGAUGGUGGACACCGUGCGCAUACCCCCGUGGCAGUUUGAGCGGAAACUCAACGAUUCCAUUGCUGAGGAGCUGAACAAGAAAUUGGCCAACAAGGUCGUAUACAACGUGGGACUCUGCAUCUGUCUGUUCGACAUCACCAAGCUGGAGGAUGCCUAUGUGUUCCCAGGGGAUGGAGCGUCACACACCAAAGUCCAUUUCCGCUACGUGGUGUUCCACCCCUUCCUGGAUGAGAUCCUCAUAGGGAAGAUCAAAGGCUGCAGCCCGGAGGGUGUGCACGUCUCUUUAGGGUUCUUUGAUGACAUUCUCAUCCCCCCUGAGUCACUGCAGCAGCCUGCCAAGUUUGAUGAAACGGAACAAGUGUGGGUGUGGGAGUAUGAGACGGAGGAAGGAGCUCACGACCUGUACAUGGACACCGGGGAGGAGAUCCGCUUCAGGGUGGUGGAUGAGAGCUUUGUGGACACAUCCCCCACAGGACCCAGCUCCGCCGAGGCUGCCUCUUCAAGCGAGGAGCUGCCCAAGAAGGAAGCGCCAUAUACGCUUGUGGGAUCUAUCAGUGAGCCAGGACUGGGCCUUCUCUCCUGGUGGACGAGCAACUAGCCCUGGGGCUCACAGUGACUGCCGAGCCUGAAGACCCUGUCCAGAGUUGGGAAAGUAGAGAGCAGUUUGAGUGCUCCCCAGAGCCAGGCUUGGUGGGACCAGGAGCAGAGUGACACGUGCUCGCCCUCUCCCUCCCCAGCACUGCUUCGCUGAUCUGGAGCCACCCUGAAUCGUUUACAGAGUGUCAUGGAACCAGGCUGGCUUCUCACUUGCUGUAGAGCAUAGAGUAGCCUGGAGUUUCUUAUCCUCUAGCUGGGAUUACAGGUGUGCAGUGCCACCCUGAGCCUAUGUGGAAGGUAGGGAUGGGUCCCAGGGCUUGUGCGCACCAGGAAAGCAUUCUCCCGGGGAGCCGAUUCCCCAGCACAAGGACUGUUUGGUGGUUUUUGUAAUUUCUUCAGGGCUGAGGAUGGAACCCAGGGCUCUUUCAUGUUAGAUGGGUGUUGUACUACUGAGUCAGGCCCUGUCUAUCCUAUGAACUUCUUCUAGCCUCCAGUGACAGCAGAAACAUUUAAUAAAUACUGGUGGCAGCAGCAGGAACCUCCCCUUUUCAUUAGCUGACAUCUAAGGCCACUGAAUUGUCAAUCAGGGAUAGCAUGUCCUGCCUUACCCCAAGGUCCAUUUAGAGAUGACCUCUCCCAAGCCCACAGACGGUAGGUCUCUGUUUAUGGGACCAGACUGAGUACUGAACCUAACCUAGUGGCUCUGUGAUAAAGGUAGAGGUCACUCUGGGUGGGGUUUUGGGUCGGUGCUGCCAGCUGCUGAUGACAUGAGCACCCUUACUGCCACAGCGUCUGGAAGGUGGAGCCUCCAAAAUGAGCCAAACCCCUCCCUGUCUAGAAGUGGAGAUGGAGGCCUACCUCACAGGAAGCCUGGGGCUGCUGCUGCCUCAGCUGGCCAUGAGGGCCGCCCCAGGGCCACAGAUGACUGUCUAGUCCUGCUGUCCCUUUCUCACUGGCACUUGUGUGAUAAAUACUGUUUUGUGACAAACUGCCAUGGCCUGCCUGGGCCUUUCCAUGUGAGAUUUAGCUGUUCUCACAUUGGAAUUGAGUCUGUUCUCACAUCUCUGCUGCAGAGGAUAGAGGGGCAGACGGCAUGCAGCACUUGAUUGUUAGCUGUGUCUUGGGGCAGAUUCCUUCUCAGGCUGUUUUAACUCUGUAGUCUAGGCUGGACUUGAACCCAGACCCAUCUGUCUCUGCCACCCCCACCCGCGCCUACUUUCAAGGUAAAGCCCAGGUCUAGCACUGUAGCCCCAGGGGAGCAGAGGCGGCAGCUCCUGGGCCCUGAAGCUCUGCUCUACUACAGGUACCAGGUGACCAGGGUCCAGAUGUGACCCAGGCCUGAUGGAAUCUUGGCUUGAAAAACCCUCCAUUAGCUCAUGCUGGUAAUAGUAGACACCAACCACUCAGAACAUUAAUAGAUUUGGAUUU